GGCGUGACGGAAAGAAAAAGCGGGAGAGAGUGGAGACUGGAGAGAGGGGGGCCGCAGGCAGAGGCGCACAGCACGGAGCGAGGAGCCGCACCGUCUCCGCUUCUUCUCCCCUGAAACCGUUGCUCGCUGCGUCGCUCGCUCACAUAUAGCGGGGAGCUGGGGAGGGAAGUGGAGCAAGAAGAGUGUGGGCGAGAGGGGGAGGGAGCACCGCUGCACCAAUCACCAUGCGCCCUUCUCUCUCUCCAACCCAAAUCUCUUAACAGAUCUCCAUGAUAGAAUCUGAAUGAGCAACUGAUGGCGUAUCUUUGAUCGACAGCCCUGACAAGAUGUGUAUUCGAACCAUGAUUAAUCUUUCUGGAUUACAUAUCCCAGUUUUGUGCCUCUUUUUCUUCUGCUACUAUUACAUUUGGCAUUUGCUAGACCUCUCUUUCCACUACCAAGUAAGACGAAGAAUGAAGAGAAAAGGCCCAUGCAGACGUUUCGACCAUAUAACAUUGCUCAUCGUGGCUCAAACGGGGAAAUUCCUGAAGAAACAGCUGCUGCAUACCUGAGGGCUAUUGAGGAAGGUGCAGAUUUUAUAGAGACUGACAUCCUUGCUAGCAAAGACGGAGCCUUGAUCUGUUUUCAUGAUGUUACACUUGAUGAAACAACUGAUGUUGCCAAGCAUAAGGAGUUUGCCAAUCGAAGAAGAACCUAUGAAGUGGAGUGGUUUAAUGUUACUGGAUGGUUUGUAGUGGACUUCACACUGGAUGAACUUAAAACACUUAAAGUGAAGCAGAGAUACUCGUUCCGAGAUCAACAGUACAAUGGUAUGUUUUCAAUCAUCACGUUUGAAGAAUUCAUUUCAAUUGCCCUAGACGCGGAAAGAACUGUUGGCAUAUAUCCAGAGAUUAAAGAUCCAGUUUUUAUCAACAAGCAUGUCAAGUGGGCUGACGGAAAGAAGUUUGAGGACAAAUUUGUGGAUACCUUGCUUAAAUAUGGAUACAAAGGUCAAUACAUGUCAGAGAAUUGGAUGAAGCAGCCAUUGUUUAUACAAUCCUUUGCUCCUACCUCCAUUGUACAUGUAUCAAAAUUGAUUGACUCUCCCAAGGUAUUUUUGAUUGAUGAUAUAACAGUGAGAACACAAGACACGAACCAGUCAUACUGGGAAAUCACUUCAGAUGACUACCUUGCAUACAUUGGGAAAUACGUAGUCGGCCUUGGUCCAUGGAAAGAUACCAUUGUUCCAGCUGCAGGAAACUACUUGAUGCCACCAAGUGAUCUUGUUGCACGGGCACAUGCUCGUAAUCUACAGGUACACCCAUACACGUACAGGAAUGAGAACAAGUUCCUGCACUUCAACUUUCAUCAGGAUCCCUACGCUGAAUGUGAUUUCUGGAUAAACACUGUGGGGGUUGAUGGACUGUUUACAGAUUUCACUGGAACCCUUCACCGGUACCAGGAAUUGACAUCCCCACACAGGAAGGAUGAGACCGCAAACAGCCUCCUAGUAAAAAUUAGUCAAAUGAUCUCAGCAUAUGAAGGUCUCUGAUCAUUCUAGUAUUGCUGAAAAUUGUUACUUGCAAGACUGCAAGAGUGUGUCAUGGUGUUACUUGACCUUGAAAGGUUAAAGAAACGAGUUAUCUUCUGGUAGGUAGUUUGUUAGCACGAGUCGUACUUGGUAGAUUCUGUAACAUGGUUCAUUGCUCAUCCCACGAUGAACAGGUUGCCAAGUUGGCGUGUCCUCAUAUUGUAUCAUCAUAUUAUACCAGUUGAAUUGGUCUCUGAA